GCUCGCAACUCCAUGUCCCGCGUCGCCGGGAGCCUUGGCCGCAACCGCUGUCCGCGAGCUGAGGCAGCAGCGCCAGGAGGAAGCGUGGGCUUUAAGAUCCCAGAGCCAUCUUUCAUCCUGUUUUUCCAGAAGAGAAGGUAAAAUCCCAGUGAGGGAAGUGACUUGAUCGGCUUACUUAGCUGGUCAGUGCAGAAGCUGAAACUGAGAGAAGGGGCUCCUGACUGCCCUUUUGGUGCUUUUCCCCUCAGCCACAUUUCCUGUUUCUCUGCUAAAAGUUUCUUCUCACAGAAAAAUGGAUCAUUUAAACCUUUGGAGGACUCCGUUAUCACAGUACUUCUAUACUACCAACUAAGAUUUACAACAGUAAAUUUAUGACAAUAAAUUCCUGUGUUGUAGAAUUGCUGAAGAACUAAAAGGAUAUUUUUUAUAAAAUAUAAUAUCAUGAUAUUACUAAAUAAAACUAAAAAGCACAAUUAUUAAAUUAUUAGACUUGCUACUACAAGCACAGAUGUGCAACAGCUACUGUAUCCUGACAGUUACCAAACCUCAAAUUUAGAUGGUUUCUCUUUGUAGGGAAGGUUGUUAUAAUUGCAGGAAACCACUGAACAUUGUCAAAUAUAUUUUCAGCUGAGUGUCAUUUAGGAAAAUUUACUUGAAACAAGUUCUAGAAUAUUCCAGGUCCCACCACUAAGUGGAUUUGAUAUUAUGGCAGCAACUUACAGACUUGUGGUUAGUACUGUGAACCACUACAGCAGUGUGGUGAUAGACCGGCGUUUUGAGCAAGCUAUACAUUAUUGCACUGGAACCUGCCACACCUUCGCACAUGGAGUUGACUGCAUUGUGGUACAUCGUAGUGUUUGUGCAGACUUACACAUCCCUGUGUCUCAGUUCAAAGAUGUGGAUCUGGACUCCAUGUUUUUAUCCCAUGAAAAUGGGUUUUCCUCAGCUGAAAGUGACUAUCCCCAUCAGGUUCUCACAGGCAUACCUAGGGUCAGGAAAGGCUCUACAUUUCAGAAUACCUGUAACUUAAAGGACAUAGCAGGAGAAGCAAUCAGUUUUGCCAGUGGGAAAAUAAAAGAAUUUUCCCUUGAAAAACUCAAAAACUCUAACCAUGCAGCUUACAAAAAGGGAAGGAAAGUUAAGUCUGACUCAUUUAAUAGGAGAUCAGUUGAUUUUGACUUGCUCUGUGGCCACUAUAACAAUGAUGGGAACUCAUCAUCCUUUGGUUUACUCCGGAGUUCCUCAGUUGAGGAAAAAUCUUUGUCCCAUAGAAACUCACUCGAUAUGAACCUAACUUCAAUGUUUCUUCACAACUUCUCUGAAGAAGACCUGGUUACUCAGAUUUUGGAAAAACAUAAAAUAGAUAAUUUUUCAUCUGGAACUGACAUAAAGAUGUGCUUGGACAUCUUGCUGAAAUGCUCUGAAGAUUUGAAAAAAUGCACAGACAUUAUAAAACAAUGCAUAAAGAAAAAGUCAGGGAGUGGCAUCAAUGAAGGAAAUGAUAAUGAUGCAGUUUCUAGCUCUGAAACUGUCUAUGUGAAUGUAAUGACCAGGUUAGCAUCCUAUCUGAAAAAGCUACCAUUUGAAUUCAUGCAGUCUGGAAAUAAUGAGGCUAUAGAUUUAACAGAACUGAUCAGUAAUAUGCCUAGUUUACAACUGACUCCCUUCUCCCCAGUAUUUGGCACUGAGCAGCCCCCUAAAUAUGAAGAUGUUGUUCAGCUCUCAGCCCCUGACCCUGGACAGUUUCAAACUAUAGAAUUACAGAAUGACAAGCAUAGUUCUAGGAAAACAGAUACUGUAAAAUCCAUCCAAAACAACUCUACAAAUUCCUUAUAUAACUUAGAGAUGAAUGAUCCCAGAACUCUCAAAGAUGUCCAGCUUCAAUCACAGUCAUUAACCAUGAAUGCUUUAGGAAAUGUUUCUUCUGGUGACCUAAUGGAAACCCUUUAUAUUGAAGAAGAGUCAGAUGGAAAGAAAGCAGUAGGUAAAGGACAAAGGACAGAGAAUGGACUCAGUCAGGAGUUGUUAAAGCUAAAUGAAGAUAGAGCAGAAUUUUCAGACCAUGGUAGUCAUCUUAAACAAUGUCCUGCCUCAAUACAAAAUGAAAUUGGUAAGAUAUUUGAGAAACCAGUUGUUAAUAUACCUAAGGAAGAUCUUAAGUCAAAGGUUCCUAAAAUUGAAGAGGAAGACCACAGAGAUUUUAUGAAUUCUAACAGUAAGGAAGAAAUAGAUAAAUUGUUAAUGGAUUUAGAAUCUUUUUCACAGAAAAUGGAGACCUCACUAAGAGAGCCACUUGCCAAAGGUAAAAACUCUAACUCUCUAAAUAAUCAUAGUCAGUUGACUGAUCAGCUCCCCGGAGAUCUUGAGCCUAACUCCAAAGUCUCUUCACCCAUGGAAAAAGUCUCACCUUCCUGUCUAACAAGGAUCAUUGAAACCAAUGGACACAAAAUAGAGGAAGAGGAUCGAGCCCUCUUACUACGAAUUCUAGAAAGCAUUGAAGACUUUGCUCAGGAGCUAGUUGAAUGCAAAUCAGGCAGAGGGAGCUUAUCACAAGAAAAGGAAAUGAUGCAAAUUCUACAGGAAACCUUGACAACUUCUUCCCAGGCCAAUUUAUCAGUUUGUAGAAGUCCUGUUGGUGAUAAAGUGAAAGAUACUACUUCAGUGGUUUUGAUUCAGCAGACUCCAGAGGUGAUCAAGAUUCAAAAUAAGCCAGAAAAGAAACCUGGAACAUCACUGCCACCUCCAGCCACCUUUCCAAGUACUCCCCAUGCUCUCUCCCCUGUUCCUCAUGUGAAUAAUACAGCAUUGUCCAUAAACAUUCCACGGUUCUACUUUCCUGAAGGACUCCCAGAUGCCUGCAGUAACCAUGAACAAACUCUGUGCAGAAUUGAAGCUGCUUUCAUGGAUAUUGAAGAUCAGAAAGCAGACAUUCAUGAAAUGGGAAAAAUUGCCAAGGUCUGUGGCUGCCCUCUCUAUUGGAAAGCCCCCAUGUUCAGGGCUGCAGGGGGAGAGAAAACAGGAUUUGUGUCAGCACAGUCAUUUAUUGCCAUGUGGAGAAAAUUGCUGAAUAAUCAUCACGAUGAUGCCUCUAAGUUUAUCUGUCUUCUCGCAAAGCCCAGCUGCAGCUCUCUAGAACAGGAGGAUUUUAUCCCAUUACUUCAGGAUGUGGUGGAUACACACCCUGGCCUCACGUUCCUGAAAGAUGCCCCAGAAUUCCACUCCCGCUAUAUCACCACGGUUAUUCAGAGAAUAUUCUACACGGUGAACAGAUCUUGGACUGGAAAAAUUACUUCGACAGAGAUAAGAAAAAGCAACUUUUUGCAAACUCUAGCCCUUUUGGAAGAAGAGGAAGAUAUAAACCAAAUCACAGACUACUUUUCCUAUGAACAUUUUUAUGUUAUUUACUGUAAAUUCUGGGAACUAGAUAGCGAUCAUGACCUCUACAUCAGCCAGGCCGAUCUAUCGCGAUACAAUGACCAGGCUUCAUCAAACAGAAUUAUUGAAAGAAUAUUCUCUGGGGCAGUAACAAGGGGAAAAACAGUACAGAAAGAGGGAAGAAUGAGCUAUGCAGAUUUUGUUUGGUUUUUGAUAUCUGAGGAAGACAAAAGGAACCCUACCAGCAUUGAGUAUUGGUUCCGCUGCAUGGAUGUGGAUGGGGAUGGUGUGCUCUCCAUGUACGAGCUGGAGUACUUCUAUGAGGAGCAGUGUGAACGGAUGGAAGCCAUGGGCAUUGAGCCCUUGCCCUUCCAUGAUUUGCUGUGCCAGAUGCUUGACCUGGUGAAGCCAGCCAGUGAUGGCAAAAUAACUCUACGAGAUCUGAAGAGAUGCAGAAUGGCUCACAUCUUUUAUGACACUUUCUUUAAUCUGGAGAAAUACUUAGACCAUGAACAGAGAGAUCCCUUUGCAGUCCAGAAGGAUGUGGAGAAUGACAUGCCUGAGCCCUCCGACUGGGACAGGUUUGCUGCUGAGGAGUACGAGACUCUUGUGGCGGAGGAGUCUGCCCAAGCACAGUUCCAGGAAGGGUGA